AUUGAAUCCCAAAUUAGAAGCUCUCGAAUAUCCACGAAAUGAUAUCAUCUAUAUUAGAGACAUCGGUUCCGGAGCUUUCGGACGAGUCUUUAUGGCAAAAGCGCCAAAUCUGGCGAAAGGCCAAGAGUUGACGUUAAUAGCGGUGAAAAUGCUGAAAGAAGAGGCCACUGAAGACCUGCAGAGCGACUUUGAACGCGAGGCCUCUAUUAUGUCAGACUUCGAUCACAAGAAUAUUCUGAAAAUAUUAGGCGUCUGUGCGGUCGGGAAACCCAUGUGUUUGCUCUUUGAAUACAUGGGAAGAGGAGAUCUGAAUGAGUUCUUGCGGUCGUGCUCUCCGUCUAAUUAUAUAAUCCGAGCGCCAAAUAGUGACGCCUAUAACGACACUCGUCUGAAUCACUUGGAUUUGGUGGACAUCUCUCGACAGAUCGCCGAAGGAAUGAUAUACCUGUCGGACCGUAAGUUUGUUCACAGAGAUCUGGCGACGAGAAACUGUUUGGUGAACAACGAUAUGGUGGUUAAGAUCGCCGACUUUGGUCUCUCGCAGCGGAUCUAUACGUCAAACUAUUACAAGGGCUCAGAACACGACGCCAUCCCUAUUCGAUGGAUGGCUUUGGAGUGUAUAUUAUAUAAUAAAUUCAGUAUUGAGUCCGAUGUCUACGCCUAUGGGAUUGUGUUGUGGGAACUCUUU